CCCGGAGUCUAUUUCGAGCCUCAUAUGGCACCCGGUGAAGCGAACCUCACUAUUUUCUGUGUAUUAUAUUAGAUUUGAGCACAUUAAUAGUAUUUAGGGCGCUUGUCCUGCUCCACCAUGGCUGCUGAGUCCACAGUGUACCCCGCGUUCAGACUCGGAGAGUCUCGUUUCGAUCAGGGAUCGUUUUAUGGUAGAUUAAGGCAUUUCCUGGAUGUGAUUGACCCUCGAACACUCUUUGUAUCAGAGAGUCGUCUAAAUGAAUGUGUGAAACUCUUAGAGCACUUCAAAGAUGGCACUCUACCUGCAGGUGUGACCAAUGCACAGCUUUGGGAGGCUCAGAAGGUGAAACAGGCCAUCCUCCAUCCAGACACUGGAGAAAAGAUCCCCAUGCCCUUUCGCAUGUCAGGUUACAUUCCCUUUGGUACACCAGUGGUCGUGGGCCUCUUACUUCCCAAUCAGACCCUGGCCACCACCAUCUUCUGGCAGUGGCUGAACCAGAGUCAUAACGCUUGUGUUAACUACUGCAAUCGCAAUGCUUCUAAGCCUACACCAUUUUCAAAGUUCUUCCAGGGAUACAUGGGUGCAGUCAGCAGCGCAGUUACCAUCGCAGUGGGGUUGAACAUUCUGAUUCAGAGAGCCAAACGUUUCAGGCCAGCUACACGACUUCUGGUCCAAAGAUUCAUCCCUUUUCCUGCUGUUGCGAGUGCCAACGUAUGUAACGUGUUGCUGAUGCGCCACAGCGAGCUGUCUGAGGGAGUCAGUGUGCUGGAUGAGAAUGGAAAUGUAGUGGGCACCUCCAAGUUAGCAGCCAGACGUGCAUUGUUGGAGACAGCUGUGACACGGGUGGUCCUGCCUAUGCCUAUCCUGGUCCUGCCACCCAUGCUGAUGACUGUGCUGGAGAGACUCCCUCUACUGCAGAGACACCCUCGACUUGUGCUGCCAGUACACAGCCUGGUGUGUCUUUGUGCUUUUGGUCUGGCCCUACCGCUCGCCAUCAGUCUAUUUCCACAAAACAGCCAGAUUCACAUCUUUCAGCUUGAGCCAGAAAUCUCUGCGGCAACCGAGUGUAAGAUCCUGACCUACAACAAGGGCCUUUAACUAAUCAAAACGGUGGAGCACCACACGAGAAACGUCUGAAAAUUGUAGGUCAGGAGAUCUUCAUCAAACAGCUCUGAAGCUGUGAGUCCAAAGUGCAGUGAUGUAACGAAGCGUGGCGCUACGCACAGCCCAGUCAUGCUAAAGAAGGCUAUGAGGACAUUCCUCCCCUGUGUUUGGUUCUAACCUGCCACGGAUGUGUGUGUGGAAUUUAUUAUCACUUACAUACUGCGACAGGCACGUUCACACGCCAACGCUAAUCACUUGUCUUCUUUGCAUUCGCUUGAAUAUGCCAUUGGUUAGUUAGGAUAUUAACGCCAAAUCAACAGGAAAUUAACAGCGGAAUGAUAACUUGAGUGCCAUAAUUUCCUGUUUUGUAGCUUUUGAUAGAAUGCAUGGUAAUGUAGUUUUAUAAGAGGUUUUCAUUCAUACAGCCUUUUGGGAAAAUGUGGUUUUGAGAGGGAAACAAGGUAAAAAACAGUGUUUACAGUUGCAGCAAUUUCACUUGUUUGCCAUGCAGAAAAAGUAUGCAGUCAGUUUUCACUGCUUUUGGAAAAAUCACCUUCCCCAAAUUUAGGAUCUUUGUCUAACAUCCGCUCACUGUGAUUUUUUACACUAAUAACAAGAAAAAUACACAGUAAUUACACAGCAAAUGAACAUGUGCUGCAUUUACCAGUUGAAUUUUAGUUCACACCAUAGCAGUACUCUCGAUCAGGCGGAGCUAGGACCCACCUGUCACGUCCAUAAAAGAUUCUAGAUCAGUAAUUAUAGAUUUGACCUCAUCUUUAUGUUUAUUAUAACUUUAUUCAUGCAAGAACAGACAUAUCCCUCCUGUUAUUCUCAAAUGUACUAACAUCAUUUAUCCUUGGGAUCAGUUUGACCCCAACAAUUUACAUCUCCAAGUAAAUUCUUGUGGGAAUUAUAUUUUCUCCUCCUCCAUGUCAUGUGAAUUAUCAGGGUUUCUCACACUACUACAUGUAUGGUUAUGUUAGGUUAGUGUUCUAAAGUAAAGGGAGGUUUUCUAAGGAUUAUAAAAUUGCAUGUUAUAGUAACCUCAGUAUAUAGUCGAAAACAACCGAAACAAAUGUGUGAAAAAUAAUAUUUCUGAUGUUUUUUUUUAUCUAUCUAUCUAUCUAUCUAUCUAUCUAUCUAUCUAUCUAUCUAUCUAUCUAUCUAUCUAUUUCCAUAGAUAGAAUAAAUUGGUUGCAAAUGCAAGAAAUAAUGGUUAAAAUAUGUGAAGAAAUAAUGUCCGUUAAUAGGUAGGUUAAGAAAAGCUAUUAAUUAAAUAAGGCUAUUAAUUAAAGACAUUUAUUCAGGGAAUGUUUAGAUGCAAAAUAUAGAUGAGUAAUCUAGAAAAAUAUGCCACCAUGAAGAGUCUUAUCUCAAACACAUUUAUCACAGACCUAUUCUAGUUUAAUUAUCAUUGAGUUGUUGCAGCAGUGCAGCUGAUAGCAAAUGUGUGGCUGCUGAGUCACAAAGUUUAUCCUGGACCCUGGAAAGCCUUGAAACCUGAGCCAUAUUCAUCCACAUCAGUCCAACUGCAUGCAACAGUACUAUGUAAGCUUCACUAUGCUCUUAUCAGCAUAGUGUUUUGCUUUUAUGAAUCUUACUUGAGAAAUAACAAACAUCACAUGCCGCUCAGCUAGAAACAUACAUACAGUGCUCUUGCCUUUCCUUUUUUCCCCUCCAGAUUCUUUCUCAUGUAAAGAGACUUUACAACAAACCCGCCAUAAACUGACCUACUCUGUUCUAAUAUAUCACCCUGGUUGUGCCUUAAUGUGCUCAUGGCCUUUGAAUAAAUUGCUUGUAUGUGUGUAAGAACAUGUUGAACACCUUAGUACCAGUCAAAAUCAGGUUAAUACACUGCCCAUUUUCUUCCCUUUCAGAUUUCUUUUCAUUAAACGAUUGUAUCUCUGAUUGUA